AUGCCUCCACGGCCGACAAAACCAGCCGGAAAGAAAACUGGCAAAACAGUGCGGGCCAAACCCAUUUCACUACGGGAUUUAUACAUCAAAUCAUGUGCGGAGGUUGGACAGAAUCCAAAUAGCGCUAUGCUCGAUUUCCUCUCAACGAAUACAUCCUCCUCUAGUAUUGAAUGCAUUGAUGUUAGCAGGAACUACUUGGGUGAUAAAGGGGUUCUUCCCUUAUUGGCCGUGGUGGAUCGAUGUCAAAAUUUACAAGAAAUAAACCUUGCUGAGAAUGGUUUACGUAACAAUGCCAUUCGUGCACUUUGUAUAUCGGCUGUCAAGCACCCAUCUCUUCGGUGUAUUGAUGUCUCCGAUAAUUACAUUAGCGAAGGUGCCGCUGUUCAUCUUCAACACCUUCUGGAAGACAAUCCAAGGAUACGAUGGCUUGGGAUAGAUAAUACCAAGAUAGAUGUUGAGUGGCGUGUUAAACUCCGCGAUUUGGUCCGUGCAAAUGCGGCUGCGGCUGCGGCUGAGGCUGCUGCAGCUGAGCAAGAUGUAUCAGGUCAAGAGAAUUGA